UGAAAAUUGACGUCAUCGGUCUCUUCCUGCCUGUGUCCCAACGUGGUUGGUGCUGUAAAAGAAUUGGGUUCGCUGUUAAACGAAUCCAAAAACAUCAGGCAAAAUGGUGAACUUCACUGUAGACCAGAUCCGUGGCAUCAUGGACAAGAAGUCUAACAUCCGUAACAUGUCUGUGAUUGCGCACGUCGAUCACGGAAAGUCCACUUUGACUGACUCGCUGGUGUCAAAAGCUGGUAUCAUCGCCUCAGCCCGUGCUGGUGAGACCCGAUUCACGGAUACAAGGAAGGAUGAGCAGGAGCGUUGCAUCACCAUCAAAUCCACUGCCAUCUCCUUGUACUAUGAGCUCAGUGACAAUGAUAUGGCCUUCAUUAAGCAAUGCAAAGAUGGUUUAGGCUUCCUCAUUAAUCUGAUUGACUCCCCUGGGCACGUUGACUUCUCUUCAGAGGUUACAGCUGCACUGCGUGUCACAGAUGGAGCAUUGGUGGUGGUAGAUUGUGUGUCUGGUGUGUGCGUGCAAACAGAGACUGUGCUCCGACAAGCCAUUGGCGAGAGGAUAAAGCCAGUAUUGAUGAUGAACAAGAUGGACCGUGCACUUCUGGAGCUGCAGCUGGGCCCUGAAGAGCUUUACCAGACCUUCCAGCGCAUUGUUGAGAAUGUCAACGUGAUCAUCUCCACCUAUGGCGAGGAUGAGCAUGGACCCAUGGGCAGCAUUAUGAUUGAUCCAGUCGUUGGUACUGUUGGCUUUGGAUCUGGACUGCAUGGAUGGGCCUUCACUUUGAAGCAGUUUGCUGAAAUGUACGUGAUGAAGUUUGCUGCCAAGGGUGAAGCUCAGUUGGGGCCAGCUGAGCGUUGCAAGAAGGUGGAGGACAUGAUGAAGAAGCUUUGGGGAGACAGGUAUUUUGACCCUGCUUCUGGGAAGUUCAGCAAGUCUGCCACCUCACCAGAUGGCAAGAAGCUUCCCAGGACUUUUGCUCAACUGAUCCUGGACCCAAUCUUUAAAGUAUUUGAUGCCGUCAUGAACUUCAAGAAGGAGGAAAUUGCUAAGCUAAUUGAGAAGCUUGACAUUAAGCUAGAUGUUGAAGACAAGGAGAAGGAGGGCAAACCCCUGCUAAAGGCUGUGAUGCGUCGCUGGCUGCCGGCAGGAGAGGCUUUACUUCAGAUGAUCACAAUCCACUUGCCCUCACCAGUUACUGCUCAGAAGUACCGCUGUGAGCUGCUCUAUGAAGGACCUGGAGAUGAUGAGGCUGCCAUGGGCAUCAAGAACUGUGACCCCAAAGGACCUCUCAUGAUGUACAUCUCGAAGAUGGUUCCGACCACUGACAAAGGUCGUUUCUAUGCCUUUGGUCGUGUCUUUUCUGGCUCUGUGUCCACUGGCCUGAAGGUUCGCAUAAUGGGGCCAAACUUUACUCCUGGGAAAAAGGAGGAUCUUUACAUCAAACCCAUUCAACGGACCAUUCUGAUGAUGGGCCGCUAUGUCGAGCCUAUUGAGGAUGUGCCCUGUGGUAACAUUGUGGGUCUGGUAGGUGUGGAUCAGUUUUUGGUAAAGACUGGAACAAUCACAACUUUCGAGCAAGCCCACAAUAUGCGUGUGAUGAAGUUCAGUGUCAGUCCUGUGGUGAGAGUGGCUGUAGAGGCCAAGAACCCUGCUGACCUCCCGAAACUGGUGGAAGGGUUGAAGCGUCUGGCCAAGUCAGAUCCCAUGGUGCAGUGCAUCAUUGAGGAGUCUGGUGAGCAUAUCAUUGCUGGAGCUGGUGAGCUUCAUUUGGAGAUUUGUCUGAAAGACCUUGAAGAGGACCAUGCCUGCAUUCCCCUCAAGAAAUCAGAUCCAGUUGUCUCUUACAGAGAGACUGUCAGUGAUGAGUCCAAACAAAUGUGCCUUUCUAAGUCCCCAAAUAAGCACAAUCGUCUCUUCAUGAAAGCCCGUCCUCUGUCCGAGGGUCUUCCUGAAGAUAUUGAUAAGGGCGAGGUCACUGCCAGGCAGGAGAUGAAGGCCCGUGCCCGUUACCUUGCUGAUAAGUACGAGUGGGAAGUCACAGAAGCUCGUAAGAUCUGGUGCUUUGGCCCUGAUGGAACUGGGCCCAACCUCUUGGUGGAUGUGACCAAGGGAGUCCAAUACUUGAAUGAGAUCAAGGAUAGUGUGGUGGCGGGAUUUCAAUGGGCCACUAAAGAGGGAGUCUUGUGCGAGGAGAACAUGCGUGGGGUUCGUUUUGAUGUUCAUGACGUGACCCUGCACACUGACGCAAUACACCGUGGUGGUGGCCAGAUCAUUCCCACAGCUCGCAGAGUGCUUUAUGCCUGUCAACUCACAGCUGAGCCCAGGCUUCUUGAGCCAGUGUACCUGGUGGAGAUUCAGUGCCCAGAGUCAGUUGUUGGUGGAAUCUAUGGUGUACUGAACAGGAAGCGUGGGCUUGUUUUUGAGGAGUCCCAGGUUAUGGGAACACCUAUGUUUGUGGUUAAAGCCUACCUGCCUGUCAACGAGUCAUUUGGUUUCACAGCUGACCUUCGCUCCAACACAUCUGGCCAGGCUUUCCCACAGUGCGUGUUUGACCAUUGGCAGAUCCUGCCUGGAGACCCCAUGGAAGCUAACACUAAGCCUGCCCAGGUUGUGGCUGACACACGAAAACGCAAAGGGCUCAAAGAAGGCAUUCCAGCUUUAGACAACUACUUGGACAAAUUGUAGAUUUACAUUCCUAUUUUUCCCUCAUAAAGAGGAUCAGACAAGAACACUAGGAGAUUGUUUACAUGAAUUAAAACAUUAAAAUGACCAUUGUUUUUAAGAUGCACUAUGCAUGCGUCUUUAUUAUGGACCAGCAGGCUAAUGGUGGCUUUUCUCAGUUCCUAGUGGAAUUUCAAGUUGAUGUUUUGUGCUAAAACUCAAUGUAAUGAAUUGGAAAAUGUAUGUUUAUACUAUAUAUUUUACAAUUUAUGUACUGUGUACAUGACCUGUAUACUAACAUGGAUAUUCUCUACUUGCUGUAAUAAAAAAAAAAUUAGCAAUCUACCUACAAGUUAAUGUAUUUCUGGAAAUUUGGAAGCCUUUGACUCAAAAGAAUGAAAUAUAAAGCAUAUUUGAUAAGCAA